AUGGGACUCCUCACGAACCUCACAAACCUCAAGGACAAGGUCGAGGCCGCAAGGCACUCUGCUGCUGCUCCCUCACCUCCAUCCGCAGCCCAACCACAAACUCAGCCCAGCUCCUCUUCCAAACCAUGUUCCAAGAGAGGUCUAUGUUGGCCUCUAGAGAACAACAACAACAACGAUCAAGUCUCCGCCUUCACCCGCCCAGGCACAAAAGUCUCAUGGCUAUACAACUGGUCCCCCAACCCAACCACCUGUUCCCUCGAAUGGGUCCCCAUGUCCUGGAACACCGCAGACAUGUCCUCCCUCCCAGGCAAAGUCGCCCACCAAUCCGCCAGUCACCUCCUCGCCUUCAACGAGCCCGAACUCCCCGACCAAUCCAACAUCUCCGUCUCCUCCGCCGCCGCGGCAUGGCUCGAACACAUCGAACCCAUCCGACGCACUGGCGUCCGCUGCGGCAGUCCAGGCAUCUCUUCCGCAGGCCACGCCGUGAAAUGGUUGCAGGACUUCGUAUCCGCCAUCCGACAGGGCGGUUCAGAUGUGGACUUUUGGGCUAUCCACUGGUACGGUGUUGAUCUGGGCGGGUUUUACGACUACAUCUGGUCGACGCAUCAUCAACUCGGACCGGAGAAACCGGUCUGGAUCACCGAGUUUGCGGCGACGAAUUGGAAUGAGAGUGAGCCACUGCCCCGAGAGCAUGUAGAGAAUUUCGCGAGGGAGAGUUUUAAGUAUGUUGACACGUUGGAUUGGGUGGAGCGGUAUUGUUGGUUUGGACCGAUGAGGAACACGGGGACGGUGGGGAAGUGGGCGAGGAUGUAUGAUGAUGAGGGCAAAUUGACGGCGCUGGGGAAGGCGUAUAGAGAUGAGUGA